CGGGCAUUGCUCCUCCUCUAAACUUCAAGCUUCCCCCAUGAUUGAUGAUCGUGGGCCGCUUUGAUAAUUGACUACUCCGAGAUUUCUCCAGCCUCUGUGCAGAAGAAGUACAGCUCUCCCCCGUGCAGUUGCAGCCACCCUACCGCGCUUCUGUUCUAUUUUUUCCCCACCUGUUUUCAGCUAAACCCGCCCUGCCACUCUAGGAUUGGCUACUAGUUUAUACUCUUCCUCUGGUGGACUGUUUACUGGUGUGCACUUCUAGCCAAUCCUAACCCAAGAGGGCGGGCUAGCUCUAUCCAAUCACCGCACAAGGGGCGGGGUUUAUCAAUAGGGAACCUCCCACUCGUGUCCAAGCGUUUUUUGGACGCCGGUGCCCAAUCCAACCACACUCUGGGCGGGGUUUCCGCAAUACGGGUGUGAAAAGUAACCCGCACCAGAAACUAACGGUAGGCGUGGCCAAGGCCCUUGUUACUUCCGGGUUCCGUCAUUCCAUUCUCCCGCCGAUCAGCGCGGCGAAGUGACUCCGUACUAUAAGCAAAGCUAGCAGCCAACCUGCCAACACUCGCUGACACUCACUCAUCUCAGACCGCGAGAUAGACGAAAUAUACCGCGGGGGGGUGGGUGAAAAAAACCCCGAAGAGAUCCGAAUCGCCACUCUUUUAAUUUCUUCUCCUCUUUUUCUUUUCUGGAUUUUUUUCCUACUGUCCUUACAGUGAUCAUAAAACAAGAAAGCGGACCGGAGGCGUAAAGAAGACGCGGAGUUUUGUGCGCGCGGAUGAAAACGGACUAAAAAAACAAAGAUUCAUCGUCUCUUGAACAUCAUCAGCCACCAUCAUUCAUUCAUUACCUUGACAACCUCUGGCUUUGAUUGACAGCUGGAGUGGCAAAAAGCCAUGAGACACGACAGUUUAGUUACAUGCACGUUGUUGAUGGGUCGAUUGUAACCUUCAGUUUUUUGGGUGCUUCACUUUUUUUUCUUUUUUUUUUGGUGGGGGGCGAGGAGGAAAAAAACAAGACUUUUUUUUUUUUUGGAAAAAGUGUACCCGAUGCCCGUGCUCGGAGUGAACUGUAUUGGAGAAUAGGAGAAUUCACGAAGGGGGAAUCUUACCACUAAAUCACUUUCUUACCGGACUGGGAUAUUAAAUAUACGACACGUCCAGGAGUUUAUUGGAGCGCAGCCUGAUGGCGCAGAGGUACGAUGAACUGGCCCAUUACGGCGGGAUGGACGGGGUGGGAGUUCCAGCGUCUAUGUACGGGGACCCUCACGCCCCACGGCCGCUGCCCCAAGUGCACCAUCUGAACCACGGGCCGCCGCUGCACGCGAGCCAGCACUACGGCGCCCACGCGCCCCAUCCCAACGUAAUGCCCACCAGCAUGGGUUCAGCGGUCAACGACGUCUUAAAGAGGGAUAAAGAUCAAAUUUAUGGUCACCCUCUGUUCCCUCUGCUCGCGCUGGUCUUUGAGAAGUGCGAGCUGGCCACGUGCACUCCCCGCGAGCCCGGGGUGGCGGGCGGCGACGUCUGCUCCUCCGACUCCUUCAACGAGGACAUCGCAGUGUUUGCCAAACAGGUCCGCGCAGAAAAACCUUUAUUUUCCUCAAAUCCAGAGCUGGACAAUCUGAUGAUACAGGCCAUACAAGUAUUACGGUUUCAUCUCUUGGAGUUAGAGAAGGUGCACGAGCUCUGCGACAAUUUCUGCCAUCGGUACAUCAGUUGUUUGAAAGGAAAAAUGCCUAUAGAUUUAGUCAUAGAUGAACGGGACGGCAGCUCAAAAUCGGACCACGAGGAACUUUCGGGAUCUUCCACUAAUUUAGCCGAUCAUAACCCAACUUCUUGGAGAGACCACGAUGACGCCACCUCCACACAUUCGGCAGGCACACCAGGGCCGAGCAGCGGAGGACACGCCUCCCAAAGUGGAGACAACAGCAGUGAACAAGAGAAAGCUAGGGGGACUGGCUUGCUGGAGCUUUGGAGCUUUCGUUUGGGGAGAGAAGGAGAUGGCUUAGACAACAGCGUGGCCUCGCCUGGCACAGGGGACGACGACGAUCCAGACAAAGACAAAAAGCGUCAGAAAAAGCGUGGCAUCUUCCCCAAGGUGGCUACCAACAUCAUGCGAGCGUGGCUCUUCCAGCACCUCACACACCCGUAUCCUUCAGAAGAACAGAAAAAGCAGCUAGCCCAAGACACAGGCCUCACCAUCUUACAAGUAAACAACUGGUUCAUUAAUGCCAGAAGAAGAAUAGUACAGCCCAUGAUUGACCAGUCAAAUCGAGCAGGUUUUCUUCUUGAUCCUUCAGUGAGCCAGGGAGCAGCGUACAGUCCAGAGGGCCAGCCCAUGGGCAGUUUUGUGCUGGAUGGCCAGCAGCACAUGGGAAUCCGGCCAGCUGGUCUGCAGGGCAUGCCAGGGGAGUUCGUACCUCAGAGUGGUCCUAUGGGCAUGAGCAUGGCACCGCUACCAUACCCUCCUCCACAUCAUCCUCCACCACCUCCUCCUCCUCAGAUGUCGCACCUGUCCCAGCUACGGCACGGACCCCCUCUGCACCCCUACCUUCCCGGCCCCCCGCCGACCCACCCCGCCAUUCUGAUGCACGGAGGACCUCCCCAUCACCCAGGAAUGACCAUGUCUGCACAGAGCUCCCCUAUUCUGACCCCCAUUGACCACAGCACUGGUGGACAAGGCCUGGACAUCCACGCUCAAUAGUGUAAGGGAACCUGAUGAAAACAAGAACAAGAAAAACAAGUUCGACCCCCCAGACCCCACCCCAACUAAAGCGAUUUUGGGACUAUUUUUAAGAAAAGAGGAAAAACGAACAAUUUUGACCAGAAUUAGACUCUAAAAAUGGAAUUCCAGAUGAGCUGUGAUAAUUUUUUAUCUUGUCAAUUUUGUUACUUUCAUCGACAGAGGACCAAGCUGACAAGAACACUUUGUAAAGUCUUGGGCUUUUGUUAAAGAUCAACGGAAGAUGUUUCAACUGAACCUAACUGAAAGUGCAAACUCAAAUAAACACACACACACACGCACACACACACUGUAUACACAUACACACUCACGCAACACAAUAACAGCCGGAACAUAGUCACACAAACUCUCGUUUGAACCUUUUUAAAUAAAUCAUUAUGGAAGAUAAAAAAAAGACAAAAACAAAAGAGACUCCAAGAGUUAUAACUACUGUAGUAUAAAGGUAUAGACACUAAGUUAAAACUUGUGCAUUUUUGUUGAUCACUCAAUUUCUGUUUUCCUGAGCUAGUCCUAGAAUUACCCCCCAAACCCCACCCCAACCACCCCCUGCUUUUCACACUGUGUGUGCUGUUCCCUGAGGGAGAGAUGGUCUCGUCGCAGCAAUAAAAAAAAAGAAAGAAAAAUACAACAACAAACAUCUCAAAAGUCUCGGCCCAAACACUAACACUAGAGCGGGCAGCGGACCUGUCCAUCCCGGUAAGGACCAGAAGUAGCACUCGGCCAGAGAGGCUGCUGAGUGAAGCCUGCUCUCUCUGUACCAUUCAGUUCAACCUUCAUUUCACACCCCUCUUCUAUUUUUUUUUUUUUUGGCUCAUGAAUGAAUGUUUCCCUGUAGGUAAAGUUCUUAGUUUGAAUUGCCCAAGCACUGGAUUGUGUUGGUUUUAUACAUUUUUUAUUUUAUUAUUAUUAUUAUUUUAUUUUUUGUUUUUUUGUAUCAUGGACUCUCAGAGCAAGAGCCUAUUGAAGGAAGCAUAUCCAUGGAAAAGCAACAUCCUACACUAGUUUCCAAGCCUCUGGAUCAACAUACGCACCAUAUGGACAGCACAGACACAAUGGUGGAUUCUUUGGCACUUAGAGAAGCUAUUGACGGUUGAUGCACCAAAAAACCUAAAACUUAAACAAAAAAAAAAAAGAAGAAGAGAAAAAAAAAGAACUUAAAUUAUGAACUCAAAGCUUGGAGAAAAGCUAAGAGAAUAUUGUAACAAACUUCGUACAGAGUUCAGUCUAUUAAUUGUUUCAUGUUAGAUAUUCUAUGUGUUUACCUCAAUUGAAAAAGAAUGUUUUUGCUAGUUUCAGAUCUGCUGUGGCAUUGAUAUUGUAUGUCCAUGAAUUCCUUCCUUUUUCAGCACGUGUUCCUCACUAGAUGAUAAAAAAAUGCUGUCUCCCUUAAGCUUUGUCAAAAAUACAUUAAAUACUUGUAUGAGGACUGUGACGUAAUGUUUAAAAGGUGUUCAGUCACAAAAUGCUGUAAUAAAUAUUUCAUUUUUGAUUUUGUUAGA